CUACGUCAUUUGUUACGUUUCGUCGUGCCUCCUCGCGUUUUUACGUCAGUUUGAUUUCUCUACUUUUGCUUACAUGGUUGUAGUGAAUUACUCAGCUUUUUCUACAACACAGAACACAUUAAAACACAUUAAUGACAAAGUGAGAAGCUUCGUUUGCCUUCAGCGAUGUCCAGCAGCUCCACCAUCCACCUGACCUUACCGCAGUGGGACGGGGGGUCGCGGAAAGUUCGCUUCAUUUACCUGGCGAACCCAUGGGCGAACCUCACGUCGUUCAGCCUCACAGAGUGUCCCAACCAGAGUGCUGCCGUCCCUCUCUAUUUAGGAGCCGAUCUCUUCUCCAACACCGACAUCCGCACCGAGAACCAUCCGAGACACCAUGCCAAGUUUGCCAAGAAAGGCUUGGCAACAAAGAUUCACUUCUCCUCAGCUUUCAGGUUCCACGGGUUGAAGGUGCCGACUGUAAAUAACAGCCUCUGGUUCUACAGUAUUCAAGGGCUUUUUCGAGUCGCCUUUGAGAUGUACAGUAAGCAAGAGCAGCUCGCUGUGCUCGAGAACUUCCAGGAUGUUUGGAAAAUGCAGAUCAAUGCCAGCCCUCUGAAAACGAGUUACAGCCUCAGUGUGCAGCUGGAUUUAACACCAUCCAGCAACAUGCAUGAUGCACAAUCAAAGGAGGAAAUGUCACUACCUCGUGUUGGCCAGGAGUCGGUGGACGCGUACGAUAGUGACACAGGUGACCCAUCAGCGUCGGCCGAUCACGAUUAUUGUACUCAGUCAAAGCAAACUUUUCACACUGAGCCAUGCAGUCGAGACGUUUCCACAGUGAGACUAAAGCUGCAGGACUUGGAUGACAAACUCUCUGAAAGCCCCGCAGACUAUCUUGAGACCAUCCUGCUGCUUUUAGAGACCGUUAAUCAAUGCAUGAGCGGGAAUCUGGAAGAAAAAGAUGUGAAAGAGGCGGUGCUAGCCCUGCUGAAGGCCAAAGACUGGGGGGGUGUUUACUCCAGCCCGUUGCUCAGUUGUGUCGGACGCUGGCUCGGGCAGCAGUUUCACGCAGCCAACAGCAGCAUCAGUCACAAAGUGGAGGGCUUUAAAGUUCACCACAUCGAGAGGAUCAGCGACUUGCCCCCCGCAGAGGAGCUGACCACGGAGCUGUUCCCGGAAGCCAUGCGAACACUGCUGCUUCACUGGAUGGGUUUGAGCGAGGAGUCCACCCUGGAGAAGAGACGCAGCGAGUACCCGAUCCUGCUUCUCAUCCUCGAGUUCGCCAACCACAACCUCAUCACUGGUGUGGCUCACGUGCUGUACUCAAGUCUGAUAUGUAAAUAGAGCUGGGUGGAAACAGAAAGACGUGCACUUUGAUUAUUCUAAUAAAUUAGUUUAUUUUUUGAA